CUAAAAACUCUGAUUUUCGAGUCUUUGAACAGACUUCUCAUUUUCAACCGGAAAACAUUUCUCCGUCUUUCCCUUCCGGUUAACUCCAAUCUCUAUAUCUAUAUAUUCCAUGUCUUCAGUAUUUAAGCUUUUGCAUACACUUUUAGUAUUCUACACCUUGCUAUCGUUCUCUAUAUCAUCAUCAUCGGCUAUUCCGCCGGGAUCUCGAUCGCUCCUACGUGUCACUAAAUCCGGCGCCGGAGAUCAAUCUGAUUUCGCCGUCGAUUUGAACGUCACUAACUUUGAUUCUGUUCUUAAAGAUACUCCAGCUAUUUAUGCCAUUGUUGAAUUCUUCGCUCACUGGUGCCCGGCUUGCAGAAACUAUAAGUCCCAUUAUGAAAAGGUUGCUAGGCUUUUCAAUGGAGCCAAUGCAGUUCAUCCAGGGACCGUACUGAUGACACGAGUAGACUGUGCGAAUACGAUUAAUACUAAACUCUGUGAUAAGUUCUCUGUUACUCACUACCCAUCCCUAUAUUGGGGACCCCCUUCUAAGUUUGUUGGCGGCAGCUGGGAUGGAAAAAGUGAGAAAAGUGAUAUCCGUCCUAUUGAUGAUGGAAGAACAGCUGAUCGUUUGCUCAAAUGGAUUAAUAAACAGCUGGGAAGCUCAUAUAGUCUUGAAGAUGAGAAAUAUGAAAAUGAUCAGCUUAUUCAUUCAAACGUCUCAGACCCUGGACAGAUUGCACGUGCUGUAUAUGAUGUCGAAGAAGCUACAUCUAUUGCCUUUGAUAUCAUUUUAGCACACAAGUUGAUUAAACCAGAUACUAGAGCUACACUUAUAAAGUUCAUGCAGCUAAUGGUGGCUCAUCAUCCUUCCAGAAGGUGUCGGAAAGGAAGUGCUGAUAUACUUGUCAACUUUGACGAUUUAUACCCUUCAAAUAAGUGGCCCACAAACAAACAGGAAUCUGGAAAUGGGAGUAGACAUGGUGGUGUAGCCAAAUUUGACAUAUGUGGAAAAGAAGUUCCCCGUGGAUAUUGGAUGUUUUGUCGUGGCAGCAAGAAUGAUACUCGGGGCUUCAGCUGUGGUUUAUGGGUUAUGUUACAUUCACUUUCAGUGAGAGUUGAAGAUGGAGAGAGUCAGAUGGCGUUUACAUCUACCUGCGAUUUUAUUCACCAGUUUUUCAUGUGUGAGGAGUGUCGUCAACACUUUUAUAGUAUGUGCAAAAGAGUUUCCACUCCAUUCAGCAAUACACGUGACUUCGUCCUAUGGUUAUGGACUGCACAUAACGAGGUCAACACUAGAUUAAUGAAAACUGAAUCGUCUCUUGGAACUGGUGAUCCUAAGUUUCCAAAAACAACCUGGCCUUCAAAGCACCUUUGCCCUAAUUGCUAUACAAACCAGAAUCAAGAUGAGGAAAGCAGCUCAAUUGAUUGGGACCUUGACGAGGUCUUCAAGUUUUUAGGCAGCUACUAUGGAAAGAAACUUGUGUCCUUGUAUACAGAGAAAGACAAGGCGCAUGCUCAGAUAAAAAAUGAUGCAGCUUCAGAAGACCUGUUACAACCAACAAAUGCACUUGUUGUUCCUGUGGGGGCAGCUUUGGCAAUUGCAGUGGCUAGCUGUUUAUUUGGUGCACUUGCUUGCUGUUGGCGGUCUCAACAAAAGAAUCGGAAGUAUUUUCAUAAACCCCAACUUUUAAAGAUUGUAUAACUAUUAGGCCAAGAAGAAGCUGAAGCUGAUGGUGUGCAAAAGCAACUGAAUUAGCAAGAGUGUUUUUUGAAUUAAGGUCCCCUUCUCACUUCUUAUUUGGCAUACAUAUAUGUAUGGUAUGACAAGCAAUGUACAGAUAUGGAAGAAACUUCACCCCUCUUUUUUGACGAUUAUCGUGUCUGAUUGUUUGCUGGAAAGAAUGAGUGCAAUGUAUUUGAUUACCCAGUACUUUUAGAUUUGUAACCAAGAGUGUCCAAACAUAUAUCUUUGCUGAAGGCUCAUAGUACACAUUAGCAAGGAUGGCAGGAUUGAAUAUUGAUGAUCACACACAUUAGUAAAUUUACAAAAAAUGGUUAAUAGAUGAUGUUGUUUGCAUGUUCUUACAA